AUAACAAGAUAUAGAAAUGGGCGAUUGGACGAUUCAAGAUAAGCUUAGCCAAAAUUAAGCAAUAGAAUAGAAAAAGAAAUAUGAGAGAUAAAAAGUCAGAAAGGCUUGCUUGUUUUAUGGAAUGUCCUUAAGUCUUAACCAUAAAAGACUGAAAUAACAAUAGAAAUAUUUAUUUCAACUUGGGAGCCCAUCUUCCAAGUCCAUUCAAGCCUUAUGUUCAUGAAGCACAACUAAAAUAAUCUGAUUUUUUUACAGUGUCGCCACAAUGGCAAAUUCAGAGGCAGCUAUCAUUGUAGGAUUUUGGUUGUGGGUAUGUAUUUAUAUGACAAAAGGCUUGAAUGCAGGUGAAGUUACAUAUGAUGGUACUUCUCUCAUUGUCAAUGGCACAAGAAAACUGCUCAUUUCUGGAUCAAUUCACUACCCUCGUAGUACUCCUCAGAUGUGGCCUGGGUUGAUAGACAAAGCAAAAGAAGGGGGAUUGAAUUGCGUUCAGACAUAUGUGUUCUGGAACAUGCAUGAGCCAGAGCAGGGAAAGUUUAAUUUUGAGGGGAGGUCUGACCUGGUUAAAUUUGUGAAACUAAUACAUUCGAGAGGAAUGUAUGUGAGUCUCAGAAUUGGGCCAUACAUUGAGGCUGAAUGGAAUUUUGGUGGAUUUCCUUACUGGCUUCGUGAAAUUCCAGGCAUAAUUUUUAGAACAGAUAAUGAACCAUUCAAGAGAGAGAUGCAGAGAUUUACUGAAAUGAUUGCAAAUAUGAUGAAAAGGGAGAAUCUAUUUGCUUCUCAAGGGGGGCCUAUAAUUGUGGCACAGAUAGAGAAUGAAUAUGGAAUUGUUGAGCCUUCUUUUCGUGAAGGAGGUCGUUCAUAUGUACGUUGGGCAGCAAAUAUGGCAAUUGAAUUAAAUACCAAUGUCCCAUGGAUCAUGUGUAAGCAACCUGAUGCACCAAAUCCAAUAAUUAAUACUUGUAAUGGUUUGUAUUGUGGGGAUACAUUUGAUGGGCCCAAUUCAAAUAAGAAACCAAAGAUGUGGACAGAGAAUUGGAUCGGUUGGUUUCAGGUGUUUGGAGGGGCAAAGCAUCACAGACCAGUAGAGAACAUUGCAUAUGCCGUUGCAAGAUUCUAUGCGAAGAAUGGUACAUUUGUAAACUAUUAUAUGUAUCAUGGAGGCACAAAUUUUGGAAGAUCAGGAGGGCCCUUUAUCACAGCAAGCUAUGAUUAUGAUGCACCAAUUGAUGAAUAUGGCAACGAAAGAGAACCUAAAUGGAGCCACCUUAAAGAUUUGAACACGGCAAUUAUGCGUUGUAGUCAGACGCUACUUUCUGCAAGAGCGGAGACUUUCUCAUUGGGUUCUUCUCAAGAGGCACAUGUUUACAGAGGUCACUCAGGGCAAUGUGCAGCAUUUCUUUCAAAUAUGAAUCCCACAUCUGGUGUAACUCUGAAUUUCCAGAAUAUGACAUAUAGUCUCCCUGCAUGGUCAGUUAGUAUACUCCCUGACUGCAAAACUGUGGUAUUCAAUACGGCAAACGUGAAUGCACAAUCAAAAACGCACAACUUGACAUCGAAUAAUCCUCAAAGGAAGCUUAAAUCAUCCUAUUUCUUAUCGAAUAAAGAAGUCGAAAAAGGUUUUUAUUGGGAAACAUUCAAAGAAAAAAUUGGAGGUUCUGAAGAUACUCAGUUUGACAAUAAGGGUCUUUUGGAACACAUUAAUACAACCAAGGACACAACAGAUUACCUGUGGUAUAAUAUAAGGGUUGAUGUCGAUGAAAACGAACCUUUUAUAAGGAGCAACAGUUCACUAGUGCUUGCAAUUGGAUCUCAUGGUUAUGCUGUGCACGUCUUCGUCAAUGAUCAUUUUUCAGGAAGUGCACAUGGAAAUAAAUCAAAUCCUGGUUUCAGCCUCAAUUUACAUAUUUCUCUUAGACCUGGCAAAAAUGAUAUAUCUUUGCUAAGUGUGAUGGUUGGAUUGCCGGAUUCGGGAGCAUAUUUUGAGCGAAAGACUGCAGGAAUAAGCAGCGUCAUGAUCCAGGGGUUUAAAGGUGGUUCUCGAGACUACUCACAAGAGUUGUGGGCGUAUCAGAUUGGUUUAGUGGGAGAAAAGCAAAAUAUCUUUACUAAAAAUGGAUCACGUACUGUGAACUGGAAUCCAUCAAUUUCUGAUCAGCAUUUGACGUGGUAUAAGACAACAAUAGAUGCCCCGGAGGGAGAUGGACCUAUUUCUCUAGACCUAAGGAGUAUGGGAAAGGGCCAAAUUUGGAUUAAUGGAGAAAGCGUCGGACGUUAUUGGAUUAUUUUCUUGGUUCCUCUUGGAGAUUGUUCAACAUGUGAUUAUCGAGGGAGUUGGAACUUGAAGAAGUGUGCAACAAAUUGUGGACAACCUUCUCAAACAUUGUACCACAUCCCUCGAUCAUUGCUGCAGCCUACUGGGAACUUGUUAGUUUUGUUUGAGGAAGUAGGAGGCGAACCAUCAAAAAUAUCUCUACUUACUGAUCUAAAAAACUAUUGACAGCAAAUAUUAUAUGGAGAUUGCUAAGUGUAUUCUCCAAAAUUCGCAGACUUCAUUUUUUAAGAUUUCUCUUCAAACUUGGAGGAAAAAAAAGGGGCGUUUUCUUGCUAGACUUGAGUAACAUGAUUCUUUAUGCUGAUAGGCAUAAUUAUACAAUGGUAACAGGUUUUGAAAAACAAACACCAAGUCUGAUGUAAAUGCAUUCUGUGUAUUUUUUAAGAUCUGAAUAAAAAUAAUUUAUUUUUAUUUUUA